CACACGCGCACGCAGGGACCCCGUGAGCCUCGCCUCGCCUCGCCUCGCCUCGCCUCGCCGCGCCGCGCCAUGGCGAUGGCGGCCAUGGGCAUGGGCAUGGCCUCCCCGCCCUCCAAGGCCCCGCUGCCCCCGUACCACCACUCCGCCGCCGCCGCCGGAGCGUCGACCUCCUGCGACGCGCUCCGCCUCGCAGGAGGAGCGGGCCGGCCGCCGCGUCGCGGGGUGGCCUCGUCGUCGGGGAGGCGCGGGCGGCCGUUCGUCUUCUCCCCGCGCGCGGUGUCCGACUCCAAGAGCUCGCAGACCUGCCUCGACCCCGACGCCAGCACGAGUGUGCUUGGAAUCAUUCUUGGAGGUGGUGCUGGGACUAGGCUGUAUCCCCUGACGAAGAAGCGUGCCAAGCCUGCCGUGCCAUUGGGCGCCAACUACAGGCUGAUUGAUAUCCCUGUCAGCAACUGUUUGAACAGCAACAUUUCGAAGAUCUAUGUGCUCACACAAUUCAAUUCCGCAUCUCUGAAUCGUCACCUGUCAAGAGCCUACGGGAACAACAUUGGCGGGUACAAGAAUGAAGGGUUCGUUGAAGUCCUUGCUGCACAACAGAGCCCGGAUAAUCCUAACUGGUUUCAGGGUACUGCAGAUGCUGUAAGGCAAUACUUAUGGCUAUUUGAGGAGCAUAAUGUUAUGGAGUUUCUAAUUCUGGCUGGAGACCACCUUUACCGCAUGGACUAUGAAAAGUUCAUUCAGGCUCACAGAGAAACAGAUGCUGAUAUUACUGUUGCUGCGCUGCCAAUGGAUGAGAAACGUGCAACUGCAUUUGGCCUCAUGAAAAUUGAUGAAGAAGGGAGAAUAGUUGAAUUUGCAGAGAAACCAAAAGGGGAACAGUUGAAAGCAAUGAUGGUUGACACUACCAUACUUGGUCUUGAUAAUGAGAGGGCAAAGGAAAUGCCAUAUAUUGCUAGCAUGGGUAUCUAUGUGAUUAGUAAAAAUGUAAUGCUUCAGCUCCUCCGUGAUCAAUUUCCUGGAGCUAAUGACUUUGGAAGUGAAGUUAUUCCAGGUGCAACAAACAUUGGAAUGAGGGUACAAGCUUACUUGUACGAUGGUUACUGGGAAGAUAUUGGGACCAUUGAGGCAUUCUAUAAUGCAAAUUUGGGAAUAACGAAAAAGCCUAUACCAGAUUUCAGUUUCUAUGACCGGUCUGCUCCAAUUUACACACAACCUCGACACUUGCCUCCUUCAAAGGUUCUUGAUGCUGAUGUCACAGAUAGUGUCAUUGGUGAAGGAUGUGUUAUUAAAAACUGCAAGAUACAUCAUUCAGUAGUUGGACUCCGGUCCUGCAUUUCUGAAGGCGCGAUAAUAGAGGACUCAUUACUAAUGGGAGCUGACUACUAUGAGACUGAAGCAGACAAGAAACUCCUUGGUGAAAAGGGUGGCAUUCCCAUUGGUAUCGGGAAGAAUUGCCACAUUAGAAGGGCAAUCAUUGACAAGAAUGCUCGUAUUGGAGACAACGUUAAGAUAAUUAAUGUUGACAAUGUUCAAGAAGCUGCAAGAGAGACUGAUGGAUACUUCAUCAAAAGUGGCAUUGUUACCGUGAUCAAGGAUGCUUUGCUCCCUAGCGGAACAGUCAUAUGAAGCAGCUGCAUAAUAUGUGAUGAGGGCAUCGGCGACGAGCACCAGGCCGGCGUUAUAAGAAGAAUAAAAGCAGUGCCGUUCAAGGCACCUUAUUCCUUUUUUUUCUCCCCUCCCUUAUUGUGCUUGUGUUAGGAUAAAUGUAAUGGUAGAAGCAACUGUUUUUCAGAUGUUCUGGGAGUGCAAGAUACCCUGCUUGAAUUUUCCAUGUUUUGCUCUGCCUCUGUAUGAAUGAAUCCCGUGCGUUUCUAACUCGU